GUCGAGAAUGGACGAUCGUACCAUGGCUUCCGCCGGGGAAUAUACAUGUUCCCGUGUGACGAGCCCGAAAAGGACCGCAUGGACAUUUACCACAAAUUGUUCCUCGUUGCACGAAGAGACCAGCUGCAUCAGGCUCCGAUCCCGCCAAAUUGGGAGCCCCGCAUCCUUGAUUUGGGCUGUGGGACAGGUAUCUGGGCGAUUGACAUGGCAGAUCGUUACUUGAACGCCGAGGUUCUGGGCCUGGACCUGGUCAACAUCCAGCCAGAAAAGAUCCCGCCGAACUUGCGAUUCCGCGUCCCCCGCGAUUACGAGAGCCCGUGGUCCCUAGGCGAAGACUCCUGGGACUUGAUCCAUCUGCGAAUGGCCGCCGGCAGCGUCUCGAGCUGGCCAGAGCUGUACCAGAAGAUCUUCACGCACCUACGGCCGGGCUCUGGAUGGAUAGAGCACGUCGAAAUCGAUCUGGAGCCACGCUGUGACGACCAGACCUUGUCUCCAGAGAGUGCCUUAGUGAAGUGGUACAACUACUUAGCGGAUGCCACUAACCGCGUUUCACGCCCCAUUGCCUACAACCAUCAGACCCGGCAGUUGCUGCAAUCAGCCGGCUUCAUUGACAUUCAGGAGAUCGUCAUCCGCGCACCGUACAAUUCGUGGCCCAACGACCCGCACCAGAAAGAGAUCGGCAGGUGGUACAACUUAGGGAUAACCGAGGGCCUGGAAGCCCUGAGCUUCGCCCCCUUCACAAGGGUCAACCGGUGGGAUGUGAACGAGCACGUCAAACCACUCGUCGAGGCUGUCCGACUCCAGAUAUGUAACAAGAAGAUUCAUGCGUACAACAAUAUUCAUAUCUGGACUGCCAGGAGACCGCAGCAAUGA